UUUGAGAAUUGCAACAAUAUUCACAUGAGCAACAUUAAGUUUCACAACAGCCCCCAAACACACGUACUGAUCUUGGGAUGCCAAAAUGUUGAUUUUGGAUUCUUGACCAUACAAGCUCCUGGAACAAGCCCCAACACUGACGGAAUACACAUUCAGGUUGCUCGUAAUGUGUCCAUUCACAAUUCACAAUUUGCUGAUGGUGAUGAUUGUAUCUCCAUUGGUGAUAGGACUUCUGACAUCUCCAUCACUGACAUUAGUUGUGGCCUGGUCAUGGUGUGA